CGCACGUGGUUGUCCUUCUUCGGCUGUCUUCGGCUGUCGAUGGCCCGGCGCCUCGCGAGAACCAGCUCUCGCCUCGCCCGGUCACUCAGCACCGCGCUCGCUGAAGAGGCUUCUUCCGCCCUGGUCACUCUCCAUGACAGGACUGUCGCCAUCGGCACGCCGCCGCGCACGCUUGUGGACCGUCUCAGCCUCACCCUGCGCGAGGGAGACCGUCUGGCCAUCCUCGGCGAGAACGGGAGCGGCAAGACGGUGACAGCCCAGCUGCUCGGCCGCGCCAUCGGCGGGAGCGCCGACGGCGUCGAGCUGACGCCCUCUUCAGCGGUCGCCUCCUCAGCUGGCGUCGGGCGUGAGGGCAGGGCCGUCGUCCACGUCUCGUUCGAGUCUCACCGAAGGCUGCUCCAGUCGGAGGUGAGGGAGUACCGCGAGAGCCGCUUCGACGUGACGCACCGCCGCGCCACGCUCGCCUCCUACCUCUUCCCAGAGCUGAGGCCGGACUUGCCGCAUCCGAACGGGUUUGCGGGGUACACUCCCAAGGAGGCGAGACUCGCGCCGCUCCCGGUCCCGUACGACGCGGACGCACACCACCCCGGCCUUGCCGCACUCGAGUCGGCCGUCACGCGAGGCGAGGCGUGCGAGCCUAGGCGCACCGGCUUCCUCGGCGGCGAGUGGCGGGAGAUGGCCGCCACCGUCGGCGCCUACUUCGACUCGCAGCGCCUUGCGUCGAGCGCGCGGCCGCCGCGGCCGAGGCUUCGGCGCGGGGCCGUGGCGGCGGAGGCGGCGGCGGAGGCGGCGGCGGCGACGAUUGUCGAUUUUCGUGAGGUCUUCGACCGGCUGUGCUGGAGGGUGCGUGAGCGAGAGAAGUGGGUGGUGCUCGGCGGCAACGGGAGCGGAAAGUCGACGGUGAUCGAGCUCAUCACGGGCGACAACUUACAGGCGGGCGGCAGGGAGGAGCCCCCUGCGGCAGUCAAGCUGCAAGGCGCAGCGCACAUGGGCCAGGACUACAUUGACUACGCCGACCCGUCCAUCAACCGGAACGCAGCCUCGGGCGGCGGCGUCACCAACUGGGAGGCGCGUGCUCUCUGCCCUCCUCUCUGCUGCGUUGUCCUCUCCGGCUUCUUCGACUCGGCGGGGCGCGUGAGCCAGACCUUCUUCCACCUCUCGCACGGCCAGCAGAAGCUGGUGCUGCUCUGCCGCGCCCUCGUCAAGCGGCCGAGGCUGCUUCUCCUCGACGAGCCGACGCACGGCCUCUCGGGGCACAAUCGCGAGCGGCUCCUGGAGACGCUUGCCUCGCUGGCCGACGAUGCGGAGUCGCCGGCGGUGGUGUACGUGACGCACCGCAGCGACGAGAUCGAGGCGCUCGAGUACGAGAAUGUGCUGCAGCUCACGGGAGGCGCGGCGGCCGACGGGUCGGGCUGGAGGGUGGUGCGCACACCGAGGUAGAGAGCAGUGGCCCCAGAGCCCAGUGCCGGUGAUGCGCCUCCAAUGGCGCGGUGUGCACCUGACGACGUGCAGGCUACAGCGUCCAGCCGCAGCGUGCACGCAGGAGGACCAGCCAGGACGGUCCGACGCACUCGCACACUAACAAAACAAACCACACAUACAUACACACAUGCGCACAUGCACAGGCAUGGCACAUGCACACGUGCACACAUGUCUCAUGACGAUUGACGCGUGAGAGGUCAUGUGUGCAUGUGGAUGUGCAUGCGAACGACCCUGUACAU